AUGAAUACAUAACCAGAUUCUUCUCCAUAAAACCAACAAUAAAAGCCUUUAAAUACCCGCUAAUAAGCAUUAAAAGACUUCCAAAAUUUAAUAGAAGAAAAUAAAACAAAAGAAGGUUUGAGAGUAUUUUUUUCAAGCUUAAACGAAUAUAAAAAGCCCCAAAACUACACAUCAAAUGAAUCCGAAGUUUUUUUAAUAGGAUUAAUAUGUGAUAUAUAUGGAACUUAAUUAAUAGAUCCUUUAGACAAUGAUUUAAUUAGUUCAUGUUUAAGGGUAGCAUAAUUAAUAAGUAAAUAUUUUAGAGAUACAAACGAGUCUGUGUAAAAAUAAUGUUGCAAAACUUGGAAACAAAUAUAUAGAAGUUAGCUCUUAAAUGAAAGUGUUAACAAUAAACUAGCUGUUUUAUACGAAAUUCCAUCAGGUAUUAUUUGUGGUGGAACUGAUAGAUUUGCCUAAAUAACUUCAGUUAUGAUUAUUGAAGCUGUUUUGGAAUUAGCGGAAAAAAUUAAAGAUAGAGAAUUCUUAAUAUUAGUUUACUUUUUAAACUCUGAAAAAAACUAUAAUUAUAAUACUAAAGUUGCUUCUUUAGAAUUAAUAACUUUAAUUGGAAUUUAAAUAUUAGAAUAAUAAAUACAAAUAAUAGGAUAAUAUCAUAAUUAUAUUAGUAAAUAGUAAGAUAAUUAAGUUACAAAAACUAUAAUAGUAGAAGAUGAUUUAGGAAUAAAAAAUAUUUUAAAUAAAUAGGGUGCAUAUGUAAACGAUCUAAAAGCGAAAUAAUAUAUAAAAAAAUAUACUGGAUAUGGUGGAGGAAGGAUUGAUUUAGACGAAUAAAAAUUAAGAAUAUAAAAAAACAAAUCUAAAGAAAGACAAUAAUUAAUAAGAAAUUAUAUUUUGAAUAAAUAUAAAGAUUUACGUUAAUAAGUGAUGACUUAUACUUUUUGA